GACGGCAUCGCUUCCGGUUGUCUUGUGUUUUCCCGCAGUAACGUUAGAUGUUUUAGGAAAGAAGGCCACAAAAUGCAUCGAAAUGCUUAGUUUUAGCUCGGGGCUUGCGUCUAAACAGCUUUCGUAACAUAUAUUGUAGGGUUUUUACUGUUUACUGUCUCAAUGGGUGCAUAUUACUGUGCUAUUUGUAGGCAAACAACCUUCACUGGGAAGGGACAUAUCUUCGGCAAAAAUCACCAGAGCAGACUCAGAGUGGUUCUUCUUAAGUUCUUAGAAAAGGUGAAGGACGCUCGCAGAACACUUAAAAAACCCCAAGUAGAAAAGUUUGAUUGCACCCAGCACAAGAAGACAUUCUGGUGCUACUGCUGUGGGUGUGAAAUUGACAGAAAUGUUACAGACGACAACAUGACUGUGCUGUACGGAGGCUUGAUAGAACACAUGGCCACCCCAGAACACAGGAAGAAUACUCACAAGUUCUGGUGGGACAAUAAGGCCGACCCCAAGUUUAGAGACAAGGUCAUCAUCACAGAGGAGGAAACUGAAAGGUUUAAAGUGGAGGUGGCAAAAGCGCUGGAAUCAUUUGUGGAGGAGGAGGAUGAACACAUAAAACUGCAAGCUCAUCAUAUCCGGGCCCAGGAGAAGCAUCGUCAAGAGGUCCUUCAGUCUCUUUUAGAGCGUGAAGCAGAGCUGGAGCUGUUCAGUGGACCCAACGGCACAGACAUGUCUGCUGAGGAUGCUGUCAGCUCUCAAUUUAUGCCUCAGGGAUCAUACCAGCAGGCGGGGAGCAGCUUUGUCGAGUCAAAGGUCAAAGCACCGCGGGCUGCAGCAGGAAAAGGCCUGACUUUCAUCGGCUAUCAGGAUUCUUCAAACGGUGGAAAUGUUCAUACAGGUGCCGUCCCUCCUUGGCUCCAGGAAGAUCCUCUGGAGGGGUCCUCCGCAGCUGGAGCACAUCCGGAGAUCGGUCCAUCGCUCCAAGACUUCCUCAAACGGAAGGAACAAGAGAAGCUGAAGAAGCUUCCACCGAACAGAGUGGGCGCCAACUUUGAUCACAGCUCGCAAACAGACGCCAACUGGCUGCCCUCCUUUGGUAGAGUGUGGAACAGUGGCCGACGCUGGCAGUCCAGGCACCAAUUCAGAGAAGAGGAAGGGCAGAAGAACAGACGGAAGAGGAAGAGGGAGAACGGCACAGAGGAGUCAAAGAAAGCGAAAACAACUGAACAGCUGACAAAUUCUGACAACACUUAAAACUGAGUAUGGUGUGUGAGAAUUGAGUCAAGGGAUGUAAAUAGUUUGCAAGAUGUGAAUGAGGUUUUAUACUAUGAUUCUGACGAGUUGUAAUUGGUUGAAAUGCUCAGGCUGACUAGAAACCCUACUCUGGUACCUACCAAACAGUAUUUGUAUAUGGGGAAAUUGUUUUUAACCAUGUAACAUAAUUGGAGAAAGUUUGCAGUAUAGAUGUUAACUUAGUAUAUUAAGCAGUGCCUCUCAGACAUAUUUAUAUUAGAAAGUUACCUUUUGAGAAUUGCAUUUUUGUAAAAAAAAACAUUGCAUGGUCCAACUUCACAACACUAUUUCCAAAAUAAUUUAUCAAUUUGUGUAAACUCACUCAACAACAACCGGCUGCAUAUUCAAU